AUGGCGCCCAUCCUCUCGUUCCUUGUUGGCUCUCUCCUGGCGGUUCGCGCUCUUGCUGAGCCAUUUGAGAAGCUGUUCAGCACCCCGGAAGGAUGGAAGAUGCAAGGUCUUGCUACCAAUGAGCAGAUCGUCAAGCUCCAGAUUGCUCUUCAGCAAGGCGAUGUUGCAGGUUUCGAGCAACAUGUGAUUGACAUCUCAACGCCUAGCCACCCGAGCUAUGGUGCUCACUAUGGCUCGCAUGAGGAGAUGAAGAGGAUGAUCCAGCCAAGCAGCGAGACAGUCGCUUCUGUGUCUGCAUGGCUGAAGGCCGCCGGUAUCAACGACGCUGAGAUUGACAGCGACUGGGUCACCUUCAAGACGACCGUUGGCGUUGCCAACAAGAUGCUCGACACCAAGUUCGCUUGGUACGUGAGCGAGGAGGCCAAGCCCCGCAAGGUCCUUCGCACACUCGAGUACUCUGUACCAGAUGAUGUUGCAGAACACAUCAACUUGAUCCAGCCCACUACUCGGUUUGCUGCGAUCCGCCAAAACCACGAGGUUGCGCACGAGAUUGUUGGUCUUCAGUUCGCUGCUCUUGCCAACAACACCGUUAACUGCGAUGCCACCAUCACUCCCCAGUGCUUGAAGACUCUUUACAAGAUUGACUACAAGGCCGAUCCCAAGAGUGGUUCCAAGGUCGCUUUUGCUUCGUAUUUGGAGCAGUACGCGCGUUACAAUGACCUCGCCCUCUUCGAGAAGGCCUUCCUCCCCGAAGCAGUUGGCCAGAACUUCUCUGUCGUCCAGUUCAGCGGCGGUCUCAACGACCAGAACACCACGCAAGACAGUGGCGAGGCCAACUUGGACUUGCAGUACAUUGUCGGUGUCAGCGCUCCUCUUCCCGUCACCGAGUUCAGCACCGGUGGUCGCGGCCCAUGGGUCGCUGACCUAGACCAACCUGACGAGGCGGACAGCGCCAACGAGCCCUACCUUGAAUUCCUUCAGGGUGUGCUCAAACUUCCCCAGUCUGAGCUACCUCAGGUCAUCUCCACAUCCUAUGGCGAGAAUGAGCAGAGUGUACCUAAGUCAUACGCUCUCUCCGUCUGCAACUUGUUCGCCCAACUCGGUUCCCGUGGCGUCUCCGUCAUCUUCUCUUCUGGUGACAGCGGCCCUGGAUCCGCAUGCCAGAGCAACGACGGCAAGAACACGACCAAGUUCCAGCCUCAGUACCCCGCUGCCUGCCCCUUUGUCACCUCGGUUGGAUCGACUCGCUACCUCAACGAGACCGCAACCGGCUUCUCAUCUGGUGGUUUCUCCGACUACUGGAAGCGCCCAUCGUACCAGGACGAUGCUGUUAAGGCGUAUUUCCACCACCUCGGUGAGAAAUUCAAGCCAUACUUCAACCGCCACGGCCGUGGAUUCCCCGACGUUGCAACCCAGGGAUAUGGCUUCCGCGUCUACGACCAGGGCAAGCUCAAGGGUCUCCAAGGUACUUCUGCCUCCGCGCCUGCAUUCGCCGGUGUGAUUGGUCUCCUCAACGACGCGCGAUUGAAGGCGAAGAAGCCUACCUUGGGAUUCCUAAACCCACUGCUUUACUCUAACUCAGACGCGCUAAAUGACAUUGUUCUCGGUGGAAGCAAGGGAUGCGAUGGUCAUGCUCGCUUUAACGGGCCGCCAAAUGGCAGCCCAGUAAUCCCAUAUGCGGGAUGGAACGCGACUGCUGGGUGGGAUCCAGUGACUGGUCUUGGAACGCCGAACUUCCCCAAGCUUCUUAAGGCUGCGGUGCCUAGCCGGUACAGGGCGUGA